AUGGCUAAUACUCUCUUGAGAAAAGUCCUGGGAAUGAAUAAAUUUCAACCUAAGGGAAAGCAUAUUUAUAUUACGGGCGGCAGUAAAGGACUUGGUAAGGAGUUUGCCAAGUUAAUGGCUUCUAAAGGUGCACAUGUCACAAUUAGUGCUAGAGGAAAAGGUGACUUGGACCUUGCCCUAGAAGAAAUUAAAGAAGCAGCUCAAUCUCAUGGAGAUUAUGAAAAUUUGAAAUUCAAUGUGGUUUCAGCUGACUUAUCAAAAUAUGAUGAUUCUAUUCGUGCACUUGAUGAAGCUUCGUCAAAGCAUGAUGGAAGAGUACCUGAUGAGGCCGCAAAACGUAUGGCUCAACAAGGUGUAAAGGGCAAGAUUGUUAUGGUUAGUUCUGUAGCAGGACUUUGUGGUUUUUUGGGAUAUUCUUCGUAUGCUCCAACAAAGCAUGCACUUAGAGGCUUGGCUGAGUGUCUGCGUCAUGAAUUAAUUCUUUACGAUAUUAGUGUACACUGUUACUUUGCUGGCACGAUUGAUACACCUAGUUAUAGAGAAGAGGAUAAAAUAAAACCAAAAAUAACUAAAGAUAUCGAAGGCCACAAUGCACUAACUCCAAAGAAUGCUGCCAAAGCUUUGUAUAAAGGCAUAUGUAAAGGCAACUUCUUCAUUACUUCUGACAUCAUUGGUGAUGCAAUGAGAGCUUCAGCUUUGGGAAUUUCACCAUCAAAUAAUGCAUUCUUUGAUGGUUUAUUAUGUGGCAUUACUUGGUUGGUCUCUAUGCCUGCAAGAUGGUAUUUUGAUAAAAUGGUUCGCGAUAGUAAAGCAAACUAUUCUGUUGUUCCAGCUGAUAAUGUUAAUAGAAUUAAUUAA